CGGCGGACAGCUACAGCACAAGGUGUCACCCCGAUACGGAUGACCGUAUCCCUCGGGCGGCCAUUAUGGCUGAGGAAGUGACGGCCGUGCUGCGGAUGAGCAAGGAUGGUAUCACGUUCGGGUUUCAGGUCCGGCAGAUCGACAUCGGCGAGCAUGUCAUAUACAAGAUCCUGGAAAAUACGCCCGCGGACAUGUGCGCGAAGGUGGAGAUAGGUGAUAUCGUGUUGAAAAUAAACGGAGAAGAUGUCACUGGAUUAGCUACCAAAGAUGUGGUAAAACGUGUACGGGUUUCACCGAACCCCAUGACGCUGCACCUCCGGAAAGAUCCGCAAGUGAAGCGCACCAUUUACGAAAUGAUCAAAUCUACUUCACCCGACCGGGUGCUACAUCACCAGCAGAAGCUACAACAUCAAUCACCCCAAUCGUCCCAAGGUCCGGAAGAGUAUACGGUGGAGCUGAGGCGCAAAAAGGAUGACACCCGGCUCGGGUUCGUGGUGCGUGCGACCGAUGUGCUCGAUCAUGUGAUCGUCGAGAUACGGCAAGAUUCGCCGGCCGCGCUGUGUGGAAAGGUGGAAGUCGGUGACGUUUUCCUGAAGAUAAACGAUACGGAUGCGCAACAGUAUUCUCCGCGCGAUGUGCUAAAAUGUUUGGGUAGUGCCACCGAACCCAUCACGUUGCGACUGAAGCGAGAUCCUUGGAUAAAAAAAUAUCUACGCGAACAGUAUCAGCAGGAACAGUUGGUAAUGAGUGAUGAUUCGAUUGAAUCACAAUCCUGCAAGGUAAGUAGUGACAAUACGAACGGUUCACCAUCGCUGCCCGUAUCACGCCUGGCACAGCCGAAACGCUCCAAGCUGCUGUCGCUCGAUUCGGCAUUGAACCUCACCCACUCACCCAAUAAUACACAGGCAGCAGGCGGACGGAUACCCGGGAACGGCAAUCCGCACGCGGUGCGCGAAUGUCUCUCCGAAUCUGCCUGUCGUCCGUCCCGCAUUCCGCAGGCAGUUACGCAAAGUAACUGGAGUGCUCCACAGUCACCGUCGCGCGGCCGGAAACCGCCACGCCCGUCACAAAUACCGACGGCUAGGCCCGAUAUGCUUGUCACCCGAUUUGUUAUGACCGGCGAGUCUCAGUUUGAGACGCGCUACUUCGCGGACCAGCCACGCAAACGUAUUAAAGCGCCGCUGGUCAACUACGAUACGCUCUCCUCAUCGACCAGCCGCUCGGAAGACAAUAGUAACAGCAGCAGCUGCCUAAUGGAAGAUAACGCAAACAACGAUCCAACGCAACCACCCUCUCCAGCCUCGCCACUCUCGCCGGCAGAUGGGCCGCCGGCAAGCGACAAUAACCUAAUGGGCCAUUGUGGCAACGGUGCCGUUGACGGUGGUCCGGUAGUAAGCAAAAAGAAAUCACACCCCAGCCACGGCUCGAACGGCAACAACAAUCUACCGGCGAGCGUAUCGUACGGUUCGAUCGAUACGAACGGUGAAGGAGCGAGGAGGGAGGAGCAGAGCGGUGAGCGGGCGGGCAGGAGAGUGGAUGAUGUUACCACAGGUGACGGUGGUAACAGUGGAAACCAAAACGCGUACAGUAAUGCAAAGUUGGCGGAAGACGCUAACCGGGGUGAGGUCGGUGGCCGGGGGGAGACGAAAGACUGUGAUAGUUCGAAUGGUAGUGUCCCUAGUGAAGCAAGCCGACAGCCGCAGCAUCAGCAAUUGCCGCGCACUAACGUUGGUUCGCGAACGAAGGCCGAUCCGAGCGAGAUUAGCUACUCGGUUCCAACAUCGCCCACCACGUACGGUGUGGGCAGUGGGGGUGGUGGUGGCGGUGUUGGCGUUGGUGACCAUUUACUUUCCGCGGGGAACGCUGGGCAUGAGCAACAGCUUCGCAACAACAACGAGAUGAGCAUCAACUCGAUGCCGACCAGUCCGGAGUACGCUGGUGCGGGUGGCCAUCACCAUCACCAAAUGUUCCGGUAUGGGUCUGGAACUCCAGCCGAUGGUAGUGGUGGCGGUGGUGCGGGCGGUGAUACGAGUAGCGGGGAGCUAACGGCUAAUACAAACAUGAGCUCUGGGUCGGGACCGCAUAGUGGUGGUGGCGGCGGCAUGAUACGCAAAUGUGAUGCCGCCGGCUUCCGUACCAGCCGGUCGGAGGAUCAUCUGCAGCAGACGCAACGUGACGGUGGUAUUGGGGCGGUUGUAUCGAUCGAUAUCGACGAGGAUGUGAACAGUUCACUGAAUACGCUACUCGACACUCGUCACGAUUCGCAGGAAUAUGCGAUACCGGAACGAGAGCGGUUUCUAUGGUCGUAUAAUGCGCAAUCGGCUCCAAAGACAGCCGGCAGUGCCGGUGGCGAGAAUGUGCACAAUACAACCGAACCCGGUGCCAACGUGGUCUCACCACAAUCCUUCUCGAGUUCGGUCAGUUCCUCGCCGCAACGUUCCGCCAGCGAUAGUCCCGCCUCACCUACCUCCGUGUCGAGCUCCGUCAUGUCUUCCUCUGGCGGAUCGCGUGAACAUUCACAUGCCGGUGGUGGUGGUGGUGGUGGUGGUGGUACCGGCACGGCUAGUUCCUCGAUCGCUAACAAUCUUCCAGGCGGACAUGGUGGCAACCAUUUCCAACAGCAGCAGCAACAUCAGCAGCAGCAAAACUCGCACCACCACCAUCAUCAACAGCAACAUCACAAUCAACAUCAACCAUUGCAGCAGCAACACUCCUCCGGUGGACAGCAUCAUCCGCCCAGUCAGCAGUCGGGCUACGGUGGACGUGAUCACAGUGUGUCGGAAGCGGUAUCGAACAUCUCCAGCCCGGACUAUCAGGACGAGCACGAUCUGCUCAGCACGAAAGACCUGAUGGCGAUGGCUAUUAGCGAUCCGAGCGAUUCCGACUCCACCAUACUGAUUUCGGAAAAUACGCACCGUUGCGAUCUGCCGAUGAGCCAUUCCGAUCGCGAUCAUAAGCUCGUGAUUCAGGUAAAGUCGGGCGAAGGUGGUGGGGCGUCGGAAUUGGAAGAAGAUUACGAUGGUGCGCGUUGUCUUGCAUUACUAAAGGAGGCGGAACGGUCGGAGUUGGAAAGUUUCGAUUCGCUCGGAGAGGACGGUCUGAUGCCGCCAGGCACGGCGAAUCUGCUGCCGGGAUAUGCUGACAGCACGGUGUACGGUGGUAGCGUAACGCGCGAAUCAUCACCACCGGUUUCAGAUGAUGGAAGCGAUGUGGAUUCGUUACAUUCGUUCCACUACUCACCGAAGGGUGUCGAUCUGCCGUCAGCCGAGCGGCUUGCCAAGCGGUUGUAUUAUUUGGAAGGCUUCAAGAAGAGCGAUGUAUCACGGCAGCUGUGCAAAAACAACGAUUUCAGCCGUGCAGUCGCGGAAGAGUAUUUGAAGUUCUUUUUCUUCGAAUGUCUCUCGCUGGAUAAGGCGCUUCGGAUGUUCCUGAAGCAGUUUUCGCUAACCGGCGAAACGCAGGAACGUGAACGUGUACUGGUACAUUUCUCCAAACGGUACCUAGACUGCAAUCCACGUUCAUUCAAUUCGCAAGAUGCGGUGCAUACGCUAACGUGUGCGAUUAUGCUGCUAAAUACGGACCUUCACGGACAAAACAUUGGCUCCAAAAUGACGUGCGCCGAGUUUAUCGACAAUCUGAGUGACCUGAACGAUGGUGAAAAUUUCCCCAAGGGUGUACUGAAGCAAUUGUAUUAUUCUAUCAAAGACAAGCAACUAGAAUGGGCUCUGGAUGAUGACGUAGAUCCUAAAACGGGUAAUCGUAACAACGACGGCAAUGGCAACGGUGGCAAUGGUAACGGUCUCGGAGGUAUCGGUAUCGGCGGUGCUAAUGGUGGAUCGAGUGAUGGAGGAUCAACCGGUGGCAGCCUACAGGGGCCACCUGUUGGACCGAACCCAUUCCUGGAAGCACCACCAAUGUUUGCGGCUGUCGAGUAUAAAAAGGGCUACGUCAUGCGCAAAUGCUGUUACGACACCAACUACAAGAAGACUUGCUGCGGCUUUUUUUGCACCAUUUCAGCCCCAUUCGGACGACGGUCUUGGAAGAUGUUCUUUUGCACGUUGCGCGAUCUGGUGCUGUACCUGCAUAAGGACGAGCACGGCUUCCGGAAGAACCAGAUGUCAGACAAUGUGCAUAAUGCGAUCCGCAUCCAUCAUGCACUGGCCACGCGUGCGAGCGAUUACACGAAGAAGCAGCACGUGUUUCGGCUGCAAACGGCUGACCAGUCGGAGUUUCUGUUUCAAACGAGCGAUUCGAAGGAGCUGCAGUCGUGGAUCGACACGAUCAAUUUCGUGUGUGCAUCAUUUUCGGCCCCACCGCUCGAGGGCGGCGUUGGUAGUCAAAAGAGAUUUCAACGGCCACUGCUACCGUGCACGCACAGUCGUCUGCUGAUGCGCGAACAGAUGGCGUCGCACGAGCGACAGGUGAAUAAGAUAAUGCAUCUGCUGGAAGAGCACAAGGUAUCGACCGCACCGCCGAAAGGUUUAGCAUUGCAGAACUACAAGGAAAAGGAAGUAUAUCUGCAGUACGAGUUGAAGCGGUACAAAACGUACUAUAAUCUGCUCAGCUCUCGCCUAACCAUGGAGCCACAGGAUUUCAACAACCAGCAUCAGGUGAGUGCGGCCGCACUGAACGAUACCGGCGACCGGCGGGACGAUUCCUGCAGCACGACGAUGCUGCCGCUCGGCAGCUACGGUGACUACGGUGGCGCCAACAGCCAUCCGGCAGCAACGGGCCAGCAGCAACCGCGGCCCCAAACCGCCGGCAGCCUCAUGCCCAACUUUAUCCAGGCACAUCAGGGUGGUAAUACGGUGGGUAACGCUAGAUCGCCAGGACUUUCACCGCCGGAAAACACCACAGACCAGCAGCAGCCUACCAACACCCUGUAG